AUGGAUGUCUCAGAUACGCUUGAUACGUCGAAUACAACGGAUACGAUUAUCGAGAAAACAAAUAAGUUGAAAAUUAGUUCAGCAGUAGAAAGUAAAGAUGAAAGCAGUAAAAACAGCUCAUGUACAUCGAAGGCACCACUUGCCAAAGGUACUUCAUGUUUGGAACAUGGAAUAGGAGUUCCUUCACAGCAGACAAGUACAAAAGUAUAUUAUCAUAUCGAUGACGAAAUGGUGCCAUAUUGUACUGAUGUCAUGGUGCCGCCCGAUAAAAUAACACUUGGUGAUUUUAAACGUGUGUUAACACGAUCAAAUUUCAAAUAUUACUGUAAAGCUCCUGCUCCCGAUUCUGGAGUUUUUCCUGAAGUGAAAGUGGAGAUACGUGAUGACAAUGAAUGUUUACAUCGGUCGGCGAAUGGUCAGUUUGAGCUCUUUUUGCUUACAUCAGAAGGUAGCAGUCAUUCUGAUGGUUCUUCAGGCCUUCCACUGAAAAGUGCGCGACUCAUGUUUUCAAAAAUUAUUUUUCGACCUAUAAUUGUUCGUUGUGAAAAAAAUUUUUUAGUGGCAUCUACAGAUUCGGAUUCUUUUAUCAGUGACAUGAGAGCUCUACCAAUGCAAGUAAAGGGAAUAUCAAGGCGAGCAUUUCCGCAACAGUACAUUUCGCAAGGACACCGUGGAGGUCGACGGUUUGAAGAUUCAACGUUGGGCUCUGAAAGUGACGCACGGUUAUUCUCGGAUGAUGACGACCGUUCUAGAGUUUCAACAUCUACUGACAUCACCAGUGUUUCUCGACAACAUCAUGCACCUGCAUAUCGUAAACGCCGAAAUCGUCGACGAUUUCGUCAACCUUCAAGAGCCUCAUCUUUUAGUAGCAUAACAGAAAGCUCAAUGUCGUUGGAUGUUAUCACAGUAACACUAAAUAUGGAUACGGUGAACUUUUUGGGUAUCAGCAUUGUUGGACAGAGCUCGUCUCGUGGUGAUAAUGGCAUUUAUGUGGCUAAUAUUAUGAAAGGUGGUGCCGUGGCAUUAGAUGGACGAAUUGAGCCAGGCGAUAUGAUUUUACAAGUAAACGAUAUUUCGUUCGAAAACUUCACGAACGAUCAAGCAGUUGACGUUUUGCGUGAAUCAGUUGCACGACGAGGACCAAUUAAGUUAACAGUAGCUAAAAUGUGGGAUAGUGGACCAAGAAGUGCGUUUACUGUUCCACGACAUCGAGAUGAACCAGUGCGACCUAUUGAUACCCAAGCCUGGAUACAGCACACCAAUGCUAUGCGAGGAAUGCCGUCUAUUCUCGAAGGUUCUGAAGGCGCUCCAACUCCAAUACCUGGUCAGUAUGGUCGACCUGCAAGCAGCAGCACUGCAACAUCGAAUGGUUCUGUUCCGAACACUAUUGUUGGAGGAGCUCAUUUUCGGUUAGAUGCUAUGACGGACAAGAAAAAAGUUGUUCAAAUGAUGGUUAUGCCAAAUUCUGGCUUAGAUAUUAAAAAUCGCACAUGGCUUAAAAUUCCAAUUCCGAUGUCUUUCCUUGGCAGUGAUUUGGUUGAUUGGCUGAUGGAACAUGUUGAUGGGCUCCGUGAUCGAAAGGAUGGACGCAAAUUUGCUGGCGAGUUGUUGAAAGAGAAGUUAAUCAGUCAUGUGGUCAAUAAAAUUACUUUCACUGAACAAUGUUACUAUAUUCUGGGUGAAGAAUGUGCUGAUUAUGCACGCUUGCGGCAGAAUCCUGGCGGCGAUGAUCCGGGUGUUCGAAGUGAAGUGGGUUCAGUAUUGCCACCACCACCACCAGGACUUGUUGCUGCUGCUGCAGCACAGCAAAGUGGACGUGCUUGGCCUCAGCCAACGAUGAUACCGCAGAGUGCACCUUCAAUGGUAAGCGGUAUUGAAAAUCCAGCGAAUGCUGAUGGUACCACGCGAUUCUAUUUAACUAAUCUUUAG